AGGCAGCCAACCCCACGUUGUUCGCAUCACCAGAAGAGGUGGAGAAGGCGAGGACCGCUAUCAUUGCAGCCAAGCGAGACGAACCUAAGGUUUCCCUCCCCGACGUAGUACCGGGCUACAAGGCAAAACCCCCUCGACACUGGCCAGUGCGAAACCAAACGGAGCGACAGGCUCUGUCGCUAAAGGCGACCCAUAAGAUACACCAGGCAAUAGGCCAAACUCGUCGUUUCCGCCUGACCAUAGAGUGGUCCGGAGGGUGGCUAAAGGCCGCCCACAAAAUUCGCCUUUUAACUACGCUUCUGGUCACGGGCAUUAUCCAGCCCGUGCACCCACCAACCACGAGAAGACGAGAGCUAACACCAAGCUCAUCGUUUACAGCUGUGCCACCCAAAGUCGACGAGGCAUUCAAAGCCUUCAAGUAUGUACCAUAUAGUACCCUCACCUCGUCGGCUCGUUGGCAGGCGAUAAGGAGUGGCGAGGAAGCCUUCACCAUAUCCGCAUCAGGCUCACUCAUGGCCAAGGGACUCGAUCGCAGGAACGAGAGAAGCAUCACGCUGUCGGACUGGAUCGGGGCAGCCGAUGCAGCAGAGGACCGCACAGAGCAUUACCAUGGAGUCGCGCGUGCGAAAGCACUAAAGGCACACCAUAGCGUGGUCCUAGGGCUCAGCCGUUCGCACUCAUGGGAUGUAGCAGUCGAAUACGACAUCCAGCAACGCGAAAUGGUCGCGCAACACCCACAACACGACCUAUCACAGUUGGACGACAGGGCGCUAACAAUCAUCGCAACGUGCAUAGUGGCCAGGCAGCCCACCAUAUCCGCACCGUAUAGCCAACCGCAGCUAAAGAGACCAUCACCAACAUCGUCAUCCCAGUUUCAGCAGCCGCCAAAGAAGAAAGCCAGACUCCAGUGCUUUCAGUGCGGAGGAGCAGACCACCUUCCAGGCGACUGCACAGCGGAGUCGACUGUCACUGGACACCCAACGGCACGAAUCGCAUCUUCAGCCAAGAGCGCACACGCCCUUGCCGCUCCAGGUGGAAAGAUCUUCUGCAUCGGAUGGGCGAGGUUCUCCAGCUGCCACUUCGCCAACGCGUGCGUCAACUACCACGGUUGCAGCAUCUGUGGAGACACUGCCCACGGCGCAGGAACCUGCAGAGCAACCCGGCCUAGAUCCUAG